AGUGUUUUGCAAACAUGACGUCACGACAAAGUAUUAAUACUCGGUUUCAACCCCCGUCUCGUAUCAAAUCGUUUUCGUUUUCAGCGGUCACCGCCGACGAACCGUCUGCCACGGCGAUUACUUCAUACCAACCGACGUCCUAAAGCAAGUACGAGAUGGCCCGUACCAAGCAGACUGCUCGUAAAUCCACCGGAGGAAAGGCGCCAAGGAAGCAGCUCGCUACCAAGGCAGCCAGGAAGAGCGCACCGUCCACGGGGGGAGUGAAAAAGCCCCAUCGUUACAGGCCUGGAACUGUGGCUCUGAGGGAGAUUCGUCGCUACCAGAAGUCCACAGAGCUGCUCAUCCGCAAGCUGCCCUUCCAGCGUCUGGUGAGAGAAAUUGCCCAGGAUUUCAAGACUGACCUGCGCUUCCAGAGUGCUGCUAUCGGAGCUCUUCAGGAAGCCAGUGAGGCUUACCUGGUGGGUCUGUUUGAGGACACCAACCUGUGUGCCAUCCACGCUAAACGUGUCACCAUCAUGCCCAAAGACAUCCAGCUGGCUCGUAGGAUAAGGGGAGAGAGGGCCUAAGCAGCUAGCGGUGGCAUUGUCAGGACAAAUGAUCCUAUUUAUCGUACUUAACCAUUGAAUGGCAUUUUUAUUUCUUGGUGGUUUCUUUUUUUUUUUUUUACAAGUUCUUUAAUUUUGUAUUGAUUUUAGAUUGGGACAAUUUACAAUCAUUCCACAAGCCUGAGUACACGUAGGGUAUUUGGAAACAUUGUGCAGUAGGAGUAUCUACUUAUUUCAUCAUGGGUCAUUACUACAUCUUACAGCAUCAUACCAUCCCCCCUCAAGUUCAUUGUGGAUAUCAGGCAUCCUUCUGGGGAUGGAGUUGUCUUUUUUUUGAAGUGAAGAUGAAUUCUUCACAUCUUCCAUGGGGUCCAGGGUUCCUUCACCCAUGUACCAUUCACGACAAAAUGCCAGCAUGUCUUGCUCAACAGGUCUCGCUGAAGUGUCAGGGUAUUGGCUGCUAUAGUUGAUACUCCACUCAGUGAUGAGCAUGGCAGACCCUCCUGUAUUUUUCUGGACUGCUUUUUACAUGUUUUACAACAAAAUCUUGGCAGCUACAUUUAAUACUAUUUAUGAAAAUGUUGUCACAUGUCUUUCUAUUAAAGGUCUAUGAGUAGAAA